CACGUCGAGCUUCCGCCCUGCGGGUGGUCCGCAAAGUCCUAGGAAAACUUUGGGGCUCUGCCGAGAGCCACUUGAUGGGAACGUAUAUUUCCCUCCCUUUUCCCUCUGGUUCAGGGAUACCUUUCCACUUUACUGCUCUCUAGUGCCUAGGACCUCUGGGGCUCAUCCUUCCAAGAAUGGGUGUUGUUUGGGGAGGUUGAACUCCUGAGCUAGCUUGCAUCUGGGGCGAGAGGCGGGAGUCAGUGUUUGACCCGAUCUUAUCUGAAAGGAGAGGAGGGGAACUAUGGGAGGAAACCAGCGUGUUGGUAAGAUGGGGUCCAAUGGUAGCUGGAGGUGAAUCAGGUUGCUCGGAGGUGGGGGACAGGAAGGGUGACUGUAGAAGUCUGAUUUCUGAGAGUUAUUUUUGUGCCAGAGAGUUCCAUGCAAACUAGAACUAAUCCGGAAGAGGGUACCCCAGAAACCCCCUCCCCCCUUGUUUUGUGGAGCUGAAGCAGUGCUGCUAAGGGGUGUGGCUGUUCCUACCCCUGAGUGUGGAGUCCAUCCUGGCCACCUUCCACAGGAAACCUGCCCUGAGGGACUGACAGGAAGGAAACAGACUGUCGGUCACCAGUGUCAGCUCAGAAUUGACUGGUCCCUCCAGCAGGACAGUUCUAUGUUCAGGGAGCCAGAUCCACCAGUUAACUCAGACAGUGGCGUAGGCCAGCAGCCAGUAGAGGGCGAUGAGGACACCUCUGUUCAGGCUCCUCCAGGAUCGAGCUUGGGCCCACCUUGCCUGGAUACCAACCAAGCCUCAAGCUGGCCUCAGUUUCGGACCCUCCUGCAGCAGUUUCCUCCACAGGACAGUGACGAGCGCUACUGUCUGGCCCUAGGGGAGGAGGAACUGACCCAACUGCGGCUCUUCUGUGCCCAGCGGAAGCAGAAAUCUAUGGGACAGGGGGUGGCCCGCUUGUUACCUCCCAAGCUUGAAGGAUACACCUGUGAGAAGUGCAAGAAGCUGCUGAAUCCAGGAGAGUACGGAGUGUUUGCGGCCAGGGCUGGUGAGCAGUGCUGCUGGCACAGACCCUGUUUUACUUGCCAGGCCUGUGGGCAGGCCCUGAUAAACCUCAUCUACUUUUACCACGAUGGGCAUCUCUACUGUGGCCGCCAUCACGCAGAGCUGCUGCGACCUCGAUGUCCUGCUUGUGACCAGCUGAUCUUCUCUCAGAGCUGUACCGAGGCCGAAGGACAGCGCUGGCACGAGAACCACUUCUGCUGCCAAGACUGCGCCGGGCCUCUGGGUGCAGGACGUUAUGCCCUGCCCGGGGGCAGCCCCUGCUGCCCCAGCUGCUUCGUGAGCCGCUACCGGAGUGCAGAUUCUAGCUCAGUAGAGGCACUGGAAGGGCUAGCGUCCCUUGGGGAAACAGAACCCGAUCCAAGCGUCGGCUGGAACGGUGCCUCCUCGGAUGACAAGAUCACCUCCCAAGUUACACUUCCCUCUACGGUAGCCAGCUCCACUCUGGAAACCCAGAGUGGGGCGUCCAAAGGGCAGGGCCGAGAGCGCCCUAAGACUCCCGGAAACGUCCAAGAGCACAGCCCCUGCCCCACCUGCUCUUCUUCCUCUGAGUCGGAACCCGAAGGCUUUUUCUUGGGCCAGCGCCUUCCAGGUCCCUGGAAGUCCUCCCCAAACCUCCAGACAGAUGACAGAGACAUCUCCAGGAAGCACUGCACCAUUUGUUAGUGG